AUGGCAGCUUUUCACCACCACCACCAUCCGAGCGCGGACCUGCGGCGGCUCUUCCACCGGCUCACCAUCGCCUCCUCUCUGAGCAUCCUUUGCUUCUCCUUGGUCUAUCUCCUCACCGGAUGCUGCGAGUCGGAGCUGAUAGAAAACUCUGAGAUUAAGCCCCCGACGCGCGAGCUUCUGGUGUCAGGGUCAGGAUGGCCACACGAGAGAAACGGAACCAGCCUUGCCAAGGAGGUUACCACCGCGGUCGGCGAGGGCGCGUUCAGCGGUCAUCCCGGGCUGGAUGCGAACAGCUCGGGGAAAGAAUGGACAGCCACUCGGAGGUUACCCCAGGCGCUGAUCAUAGGGGUUAAAAAGGGAGGCACCAGAGCUCUGCUGGAGUUUCUGCGGCUACACCCGGACAUCCGCGCCCUCGGAUCGGAGCCGCACUUCUUCGAUCGGCAUUACGCACGAGGACUGGACUGGUACAGGAGUAUGAUGCCCAAAGCCCUGGAAGGCCAGAUUGUUAUGGAGAAGACGCCUCGUUACUUCGUUACUGUGGAAACGCCAGCACGGGUCCAUUCCAUGUCGCAGGAUGUGAAGCUGAUUGUGGUCGUCCGUGACCCCGUGACCAGAGCCAUAUCUGACUACACACAGAUCAUCUCCAAGACCCCCGACAUCCCUCCCUUUGAGAGCCUCGCCUUCAAGAACCGCACCACAGGUCAGAUUGACUCUCUGUGGAGCCCGCUGUGGAUUGGCCUGUACGCCCAGCACCUGGAGCGCUGGCUGGCCUGGUUCCCCAGGACUCAGAUCCAUCUGGUCAGCGGGGAGAGGCUCAUCUCUGACCCGGCCGGAGAACUGGGCAAAGUCCAGGACUUUCUGGGUCUCCAGAGGAUCGUCACGGACAAACACUUCUACUUCAACAAAACGAAAGGCUUCCCCUGCCUGAAGAAACCGGAGGGCAGCAGUAAACCUCACUGCCUCGGGAAAACGAAAGGGAGGACGCAUGCCUCCAUCAACCCAGAGGUGAUGCAGAAACUGAGGGACUUCUACAAGCCGCAUAACCAGCGUUUCUAUCAGAUGGCGGGCCAGGACUUUGGAUGGCAGUGACCCUUUGCCUGUGUGGAACCAGAUGCUUUUGUGAGCAUUACACUGCUUUGGGUCAAGUCUGUGCAAAUCUUCCAUCUGACUGAAACAGAUGCAAAGACUUAGAGUGCAAACAUUUCAGAGGACAGAGCCA